AUGCCCUUGAACUGCAGUCCAAGCAGCUUCAGCCUGUUGUCCCUGCGCCUGCAUCAUUCAAAGCCCCGGGUGCCCGGCCGGCCUGCCUCCAGGAGAGGCCUCUGUGUUCCUCAGGCCUGGUCGUGGCAGAACUCCAGUGAGGGCGCCUCAGGCGAGUUCAAGGCCCCUGGGCACUGUGAGGCCAAGGGCCGGAGACCAGGCCAGGGGACGGGGGCACCAGGACUACUCUGUGAAGUUUGCACACCCCAUGUCAUCCUGCACCAGGCGCUGCAGCCUCCCGGGCGCCGCAGGCUCGACACGCGCGCUUCCGGCGCACCCCCCCGUCCCCGCGCCAUUCUCUGCUGUUCUCCUGCCGCACUUUCGCGCCAACGGCUACGGGUGGUGCUGUUCAGCGGAGUGGCUGUGGGCAAGACGGCGCUGGCCACGCAGUUCGCCAGCGGGCGCUUCCCCGAGCAGCACGAGCCGACGGUGGAGGAGCUCUUCAGCAAGGUGAUCCAGGUGAACGCGGUGCACGCGGUGCCCGCGCUGCCGGAGAUCGUGGACACGGUGGGCGCCGAGCACCUGGUCACCCUCAAGGGCCUCUACACCGAGAAUGGCGACGGCUUCGUGGUGCUGCAGGGUGUGCGCAGCGCCGCCUCAUUCGAGGCGCUGCGGCCGCUGCGGGAGCGCGUGGGCGGCCUGCGCGGGCCCAAGGCCAUGAGGCUCAUGCUCGUGAGCACCAAGGCCGACCUGGACGCGGAGCGCCAGGUACUGACGGCGCGGGGCCGUGCGCUGGCACGCGAGUGGCGCUGCCCGUUCCUGGAGGUGACGGCCGAGAGCAAACGGAUGGUGGACCAGGUGUUCACACAGGUGGUGCGCAAGCUGGAGGCCCUGGCCCCGCCCCCGCCCGGGGAGGGGGUCUGGGCCGAGCCCACGAGUGCCCAGGAUACGUGGACGUCGGCGAGAUUCAUAGGCUAAUAGGGACGGUGCCUCUUUAAUGUUCGCCUGUCUUCGUGCCUUCCCAAGCUCCGA